AGCCCAUCACUGCCCCUCGCAAAUCAUCCCCCAAAACACCACUCUCCUAAAAAGUACCAGCCGCAAAACAGGCAGGCACCCAAUCCAACCACCAUUCAGCUCUCUGCACAGCUCUCUCCGGUCCCACAGCCAUGUCUCUCGAUCCCACCGUAGCCCACCUCGUCGACACCGCCGCGGCAGACCCAGACAGCGACGAAGACGCGCUGAUCGCGUCCCUCGAAGCCGACGAAGCCGUUGACGCCUUCCGCGAGCGGCGUCUGCAGCAACUCCACGAAGAGUUCAAUCGCGCGAAGCAGCUGCGCUCGUCCGAGCACGGAACCUACACCGAGAUAAAAGACGAGAAGACGCUCAUGGACAUCACGACCAGCACCAAGUAUUGCGUGGUGCAUUUCUUCAAGCCCGAUUUUGGCAGGUGUGCGGUUAUGGAUGGGCACCUUGAGUCUCUCGCACCUACGCACUACGAAACUCGCAUUGUGCGCAUAAAUGUUGAUAAUGCGCCUUUCCUUAUUACGAAGUUGAAGAUCCAGGUCCUGCCGUGCGUCAUUGCCUUUGUGGAUGGCGUGGGUGUUGACCGUGUUAUUGGAUUCGAAGGAUUGGGCCGGACGCCGGAUACUUUCACUACGAGGGAUCUGGAGGCAAGGCUGAUACGGGCGGGCGUGUUGGUGAGGGAGAAGGUUCAAGGAGUGAAGAAGGGGACCGCCGUUAGGAGGGGGAAGGUGGCGGAGGAGGACAGUGGGGAUGAUUGGGAUUGAGUGAAAAGAGCGCGGGAGGAAUGGUGCCAUGCGUCAGCAAGCGGCUCCAAGAAUGAGAUCACGGAUCGCCGACCUCGUAGCUUCCUGCCGAGAACUCCUCGAGCGUGAGCAAAAGCGGGGUUGAAGAGCACAGAGAGGUCGUGGAAUCAUCGAACAGUCAGGGUCCGUUGAACAAAAAGUG